AGAGAACAUAGUGUAACAUGUGGCUUAGACACAUUUACUGCUGAUCCUUCCAAGCAGACAACUGUCAGCGUCAGUUACUUGUUGACAGAUAUUACAGACACUUUUGAAACAUUCACACUUAGCCUGUUGUCAUCACUGUUGGUUGAUGGGCCGAAUUCUCCUUUUUACAAAGCCUUAAUUGAGUCUGGUGUUGGUACAGAUUUUUCUCCAGAUGUUGGGUUUAAUGCCUCAACAAGAGAAGCUUAUUUCAGUGUGGGACUACAGGGUAUCGCUGAAGGAGACAUUGAUACUGUGAAACAGAUCAUUGCUACAACAGUUGAUGAAGUUAUUGUGAAAGGAUUUGAGGAAGAUAGGAUUGAAGCUCUACUUCACAAAAUUGAAAUCCAGUUGAAGCAUCAGUCUACAAGUUUUGGACUUGCCCUGACAUCUUAUAUAGCUUCAUGCUGGAAUCAAGAUGGAGAUCCAGUGGAGCUUCUGAAGAUUGCCGAUAAAGUCUCUCGGUUCAGGGAGUGCCUUAAAGAAAAUCCCAUGUUUCUUCAGGAAAAGGUUAAAACAUAUUUUAAGGAUAAUCCACACAGAUUGACUCUGACAAUGAGUCCAGAGGAAGACUACCAUGAUAAACAAGCAAAAAUGGAAGCAGAAAAGCUGGAAAAAAAGGUCAAUGCCCUUUCUGAAGAAGAAAAAACCCAAAUAUUUGAAAAAGGUUUGGAAUUAAUUGCUCUUCAAAGCAAACCUCAGGAUACCUCAUGUCUCCCAGCUUUAAAAGUGUCUGACAUCGAGCCCAAAAUCCCAUUCACUGUGCUGGAGACAACACUCACAGCUGAUGAAGUUCCUGUCCAGUACUGUGCACAGCCAACCAAUGGGGUGGUGUAUUUCCGGGCUGUUUCCAGCUUGAACACCCUUCCUGAGGAGCUCAAACCAUAUGUGCCACUCUUCUGCAAUGUCAUUACAAAAAUGGGAUGUGGAGCCCUCGAUUACAGGGAACAAGCCCAGAAAAUAGAACUAAAAACUGGCGGGAUGUCUGUUAGCCCACAUGUCAUUCCAGAUGAUUCACACCUGGAUGUGUAUGAACAGGGUGUGCUCUUUUCAUCUCUGUGCUUGGAUAGAAAUCUGCCAGACAUGAUGCAUUUGUGGAGCGAAAUAUUUAACAACCCAAAAUUUGAGGAGGAGGAACAUUUCAGAGUGCUGGUUAAGAAGACUGCCCAGGAGCUGUCGAACGGCAUUCCGGAUUGUGGGCAUUUAUAUGCCUCUAUUAGAGCCAGCAAAAACCUUACGCCUUCCGGAGAGCUGCAGGAAAUGUUCAGUGGGAUGGAUCAGGUGAAGUUGAUGAAGAGAAUAGCAGAAAUGUCUGAUAUUAAACCAAUACUACGCAAGCUACCACGCAUUAGGAAGUAUUUAUUAAAUAGUGACAACAUCAGAUGUUCAGUGAAUGCAGCACCUCAGCAAGUAUCAGAAGCAUCUAAAGAAGUAGAGAAAUUUAUAAAGGGCAUAGCUAGAAGUAAAAAAGAGAGAAAACCUGUUCGUCCCCAUGUGAUUGAGAAAUCUUCAGAAGUGAAACCUGUGGGAAAUGAAAUGGUCACUGGUUUGCAGAUCACAAGGAAACUAGUUAAUGAUCCUACUUUCAAACCAUGUCAGAUGAAGACCCAUUUUGUACUUCCCUUCCCAGUGAACUAUAUUGGGGAAUGGAACAGUUUCACAGCUGCAGACUAUGCAAGCCUUCGAAUUCUUGCACAGGUGAUGACAGCUAAAUUCCUACACAGAGAAAUCAGAGAGAAAGGAGGGGCUUAUGGUGGAGGUGCUAAACUUAGCCACAAUGGCAUAUUCACUUUCUACUCCUACAGAGAUCCAAAUUCAUUAGCCACCUUAAAGACAUUUGAAAAAGCAGUUGAAUGGGCCAAAUCUGGAGAAUUCACACAACAAGAUAUCGAUGAAGCUAAACUAGCAGUUUUUGCUGCUGUGGAUGCACCAAUAGCUCCUUCAGAUAAAGGAAUGGAUCACUUCUUGUAUGGGAUUUCAGAUGAAAUGAAGCAAUUGCACAGAGAACAACUUUUUGCUGUCAGCAGUGACAACCUGGUUGAUGUAUCAAACAGGUAUCUUGCAGCUGGGAAGAGCACUCGGGGUCAAGCUGUACUUGGCCCAGAAAAUGCAGAUAUCACCAAAGAUCCCUCCUGGGUCAAACGAUGACUUGCUGCUGCACAUCCAUGCUGACAUAAAUCUGUGUAAUUACAUCACUAGGAGUUUUUUUAGUAACUUUUAACAGUGCUGUGGUCCAGCUGAAGCAUUGCUGUUCUUAACAGUGUCCAGCAAAUCAGUUAAAAGCUUUCCUUCUUGAAGUAACAAUGUGAAAAAUUCUCUACCCCGACAGUAUUUGACAGGAAUCACAUGCUCUGCA